GGGGUGGGACUGAGCCUGCGCAGACCUUCCGUCAUGGCGGCCGCCUGAGCCCUGUGGUGAGGCGGUCUGGCGGGACUUCAGGUUGCGGUCGGCGUCAGGUGCUGCUGUCCCGUGAUUAAUGUGGCGCCUGGGCCAUGGUCGCUGGCUCCCGCCCCACCAUGGAUGAAAUCACCUUCAAAAGUGACACCGUGCUGUCAGAUGUCCACCUCUACACCCCAAACCAGAGACACCUCAUGGUGCGGCUGAAUGGCAUGGGGCAGCCAGUUUUCCUGUCCCAGUUCAAGCUUUUGUGGAACCGAGACUCGGGGGUCAAGGGUGGCGAUGUCCGCACAGAGGAGACUCCUCCCACUGACACAGCGUCCCCUCCAGGGAGUGGCUGCCACAGUGAGGGCGUCUCCCUCCAGGCCGAGGCUGACACCAGCAGCCAGGAGGGGCUGGAAGCUCAGCUGGACGAGGAUGGGGAUUUGGACGUUGUGAGAAGACCACGGGCUGCCUCUGACCCACCAGGGCCCCUGAGAGACAAGGACGCCUGCCUCCAGCCCCCAUCCGACCGUGUUUGCAGCCUGCCAUGCAUCCGUCUGUCUGUGGUCUGUCCAUCCCCAUUUUCAUGGUGGCCCUUUCUCUUUUGGUUUCUGUCCUGUCCAGAGCACACCAUGGCCACCCCGCUGGAGGAUGUUGGCAAGCAGGUGUGGCGGGGCGCCCUGCUCCUGGCGGACUACGUCCUGUUCCAGCGGGACCUCUUCCAGGGCCGCACCGUGCUGGAGCUGGGAGGGGGCACCGGGCUCGCCAGCAUCAUCGCAGCCACCGUGGCUCGGACCGUUUACUGCACAGCUGGGAAAGAGGAAGCUGGAGCGGCCUGGGAUUCAGGUGUACUGUUCAGAAACCCAACAGUAACCACUGCCCGGGGGUCUGCAGGGCAGCCACCCUUUGUGCUGCUCCUUGACGAUUUGGGGUCAGUUGCCAAUGUCGGUGCAGAUCUCUUGGCCAUGUGCCAGCGGAACGUUGCCCUCAACAGCCACCUGACCGCCGCUGGAGGUGGUGUAGUUAAGGUCAAGGAACUGGACUGGCUGAGAGAUGACCUCUGCACAGAUCCCGAGGUCCCCUUCAGCUGGUCGGAAGAGGACGUCUCCGACCUGUAUGGCCACACCACCAUCCUGCUCGCGGCCGAAGUGUUUUACGAUGAUGACUUAACUGAUGCUCUGUUUAAAACACUCUCCCGACUCGCUCACAAGUUGAAAAAUGCCUGCACAGCCAUCCUCUCUGUGGAGAAGAGGCUGAACUUCACGCUGAGGCACCUGGACGUCACGUGCGAGGCCUACGACCACUUCCGCUCCUGCCUGCGCCAGCUGGAGAGGCUCGCCGACGGCCGGCUGCGCUUCGUGGUGGAGCCGGUGGACGCCUCCUUCCCGCAGCUCCUGGUCUACGAGCGCAUCCAGCAGCUGGCAAGAGUGGUGUUGCAUUCAAGUGGUUCUGUGCGGAUCCGUGCGGUUCUGUGCGGUUCCGUGCUCCAGGAGGGCCUUCCCUCCGUCGCUCCACCGCCUCUGGGCGGCCUCCCCGCAGUCAGCCUCUGAGGCUACUUCUGCUAGUGAGGAUGCCAGGAUCCCACCGGAACUUGGCAUGUUUGGUACCUUCACCUGCCAGCAUUAAGGGGAGCUUCACACAAUCGAGAAAUCAGCUCCUCACGAGAUUCAGCAGCCAUGGUGCCUGGUACGCAGGAAAGGGGUGCGCUCACUGCCAUUCUUCUGGUCCCUUUGACCCCGUGGCACUCUGAUGCCCCUUGGAUCAGCGCCAGGACUCACCACGCAGCUUCUCUUCCGCAGAAAAGCAGAACAGCAAAGAAAUCAAAUACGCUUCCUGCUCUCGCGGUAGCUUGCGGUCUGCCUGUUUUUAGCGUGUUUUUGGCGCUUCUUUUGCUAAUCACAGCCCUUGAUGAAGCUGUGAGGUCUCAACUGGAAUCUCUCCUC